UUUCCAUACUCGAACACCUCCCCUCCUUUCUGCAUCUCAUAUCGCUGGUCCUGGGAAUUGCUUUUUGCAUAACUGCUGUCUAUUUUAGCUAUUCUCCGUUUGUUUCGGAUCGUGUUUCUGUCUAUUCUGCUAUGAGAACAUCAUGGAAAUCAUGGACGAGGCGAGAUUAGCAUCCUUAGAGGAUCUGUGCCUUGAUCAGGUUGUACAUUUUAUUCCUAUCCUUGGGAAUGAAUUACAAGGUCUGUCUCACGCCCUGUUUAAAUGUCUGCUUCCUCUAUGUGAUGACUAUAGGCUUGCUCUCCUCCAUAACAUAGCAGUCAAUAAAGGUCUUGACAUCCAAACAAUGUGGCGGGAUCGAUGCAGAGCUCGAUUUCUUUGGUUCUACCGUCACAAAUUCAAGUCAAACCUCCAUGAUUCAUUUUGGCAGUGUCAUGCGUGUUUAUCUACAACCCUCAAUGACCCUCAUUCGCAGGACGUUGACUGGUAUCAGACAUAUAUGGAUAAGAUUUGUGAAGAGAAUUUAGAAAAAAUACGCACAGAGACAAUCGAGCAAGGCAGGGAAAUCCCAAGAACAAGCGUAGAUGAAGAAACUAAGGCCAUCUUGAAGUAUCCCUUCUGGAGGGAUUCUGAAGACAUCAUUCAAUACAAGCCCCAUCAGCUACUCCUGAACAUCAAGACAGUGAUAGCUUUAACCAGAUCCCCCAGUGCACUUAGCCUACUGGCGCACCAUCUACAUACCCUCAUGUGCAGGGUUCAAAUCCCCACCAAGUACAGGGAACUUGCUACGUCAGCCUUGGAGAGGUUCUUGAGAGCUCUACUUGCCAGGGGGAAUCUGGAGACCAUGUAUCUCAAGGAACAGCAGAUCAUGCGUGGUGAAUCUGUAGACUAUGCUUGCUUGCUGGCCAUGCUGCUGCUGGGAAGAGCGAAAGAUGACAGAGAGAACGAUGUGAACACAGAGCAGACUGUUGGUAUGCUUGAAGAAGAAAACUCAUUAGAAAGUCAAGAGACCGCUCUAACCAACAGUCCGCAGAGAACCGAUGAUUUCAGUGAAGACCUGUACGACUUCUGCUUCAAGGAACCAGUGAAGACGGACUUCUACAGUGCAAUGGAGGACACUGAUGCAGACCCUGACGCUGACUCUGCCCAAGCAUGUAUCCCAGUGGCAGGGAAUGUUUAUGAUAUGUUCUGUGAGGAAGGGGCAGCAGGAGAGGAAAGCAUGAACUGCGUGAUGACAUCCAAUGCCAUGCCUGAAGACCUCUGGAGGGAUGAGUGCUGUCACUAUGUGGAUCCAGAAAUCACAUAUUUCCAGCACAUCUUGAAUGUACCUGAUCCUGGACCUUCAUUAGGCCACUCCAUCUCCAACCUAGCCCUGGUCUAUGUUAGACUGAAUGCUGAGAGCUGUACUGCUCUGGCUGACUGUGUAGUCAGAUCCACAUCCUUACAGUCAUUGGCUUUGAUACAGUGUGUGAUGCCAGCCUGUGGUUGGUGUGAGGUCAUGUCUGGGCUUGCCUUGAGGGCACAGAAGGGACUAGUACUUCAAGAACUGGCUCUAACAUUUAGCCAAACUUACAGAACCACACCCAAGUCUAUGUUUGGCCAGUACUGCGCACACAAACUCAAUGAGAUGCUGGAGGCUUAUCACAUACGAAAUCACAAGAUGAAGAGUCUGAAGUUGGAGCUCCUUCUAAGCCAUAAAUGCCAAGCUGCUGAAAACUCAUAUCUCCCCAAGUACCUUCCCAGCACAUCUUGCCUGACACUGAACUGCUGGGGUCGACCUUUGACCUUGGACCACUCCAACUCUCAUCCUCUCCACCAGUUAGUCUCGCCUGCAGACCUUGCCUGUGCCAUUCAAAGCAGGGAUUCAGCCCUCACUGACCUCCUACUGGAGAACUCCUCACUUGACACCGUGGAGGUGGAUACUCUGUUAGCUGCUGCAGCAAACUCUCCUAUGCUGAAGAGGUUAAGCGUGAGGAGGAACAGGUAUUCCACAUCUCAGCCGAAGGGCCUCCUAGCCUUACUUCAACACUCGGGGAUACGCUCUCUUGAUUUAUGUCAAUGCAAGUUCUCAAUUAAAGAGUGUGAUACAGAAUUUCAUGAUGGUCUAGUGAAUGCACUGAUUAACAACUGUAGUCUUCAACACCUUAAUCUCUCAGAUCGUAUACUAGAUGAUGAAGAUCUGGCUAUUCUAAGCAGAGCAUUUGCUGUCUCAAAGCGCUCAAAGCAACAGCCUGGAUACUGCCUUAAUAUCUGUCUUUCUCCCUUUUCAUCAAGGGCCCUUAUGCAAUUUGGUGAGAUGCUUUCCAAGGAUGUUGAUGGUUGUCGUAGUAACAAGAGAGUACAUUCCCUGGAUCAUUUGAGUCUUGACUGGAGAUGUGUUAACAUGAUACGGACAUUGAAGACCAUUAUUCCUCGUGUGACGUGUCCUCACAGAUUGUCCUGAAACCAUGCCAAGGUUGGACAAUCAUCCUUGAGGUCGCAUGCCCCAGUGUCUUUCAUCGUUGCAAUGGAUGCCUGCAAGGCUGUAUGAUAGUGGUGAUUAUUUUACCUGACAGCUAAGAAAGCAAUAAAUGCCAGAACACCGACAGCAUUAGGUCUUCUCCAAGGGACCUGGUAAUGAGGAUUAAUGCCUUACCAAAGGGCACUAGCGCAUCGUCUUGGUUUCGAACCCGAGUCACCAGAUUACGAGACCACUGCUCUACCGACUGGGCUAUCGCGCCUCUUGACAUCACAGAUCUUUCCUGUAGGCAUUGUUGCUCAUAGAUAUGAUGACAACUCUAAUGUUACCUGAAGGGUGUUUCACAAAGCCUUUUUUCAAUCACAAAUGACAAAUAUUAGUGACAAAUCUGCUGAUAACCAAUCAGAAGCAAGGAUUUCAGUAGCUUAUAACGAAAAUUGUCAUUUGCCACUGAUGACAAGUUUUGUGAAACGGGACCCAGGUUGGCAGAUCAUCCCUCAAGUCACAUGACCCGGUGUCUUUCAUUCCAGGAAUGCCAACCCUGCAUGAUGAUGUCAAAGACGAUCAUUUUAUAUCUGAUGUAUUCUCAAAGACUUAAUUUUAAUGUGAUGGCUUAUUUUUAAGGUACAGUUGAGUUAUGGUCAUCGAUUGCAUUGUGAAAGAAAUGGAUCAGAAAAAGUUGAUCAUGUAGCAUUUUAGUAUUGGUGUGUACUGCAAGGUUCUGGAGUCAUCAAAAUCAUAAUAAAUUUGGCCCAGUAUUGGUAAAGUAAGGUUUCAAAAUAUAUAGUCAUAUCAAGACUUGAAUGGAAUUGCAUUUUAUUUUACUUCUGUGUGUAUGCAUGCAUGUCAUCUAAGUCUUACAAGAUACAAGAUACAAGAUAUUCUAUUUGAUUUUUGCAAACAAGUUACAUAGAAAUUUGGUUUCCACUGGCGUUACAGUAAUAUUCAAGAAAAUAUAUAAUUACAAGAAAUAGAUGAAGUAAGGAACAAAUACAUGCAAAAGAUAAUGAAGCGACAAAAAUGGUCAUUGAUACUUCAAAUCAUGAGUUUCAAAAUUAGGUUUUACCUAUAUUAAAUGUAUUCAGUGUUUAUGUAAACUUACCAUAAAUGUAAUUCUUUGCCGAGUAA